AUAAAAAUAUUUUCUUUAAAUUUAUUGCAUACAAUUUGAAAUAAACUGCGUACCAGGCGUAUAACGAUAUAUCGUCUGCCGACCGCCAAAUUAUAUCGAUGGCAUAUUACAUCUCCAAGAAAGAGACACAGAGUUCCAGAAAAGUCACUUGGUGAAGGGAGAAAAAUAAUUGUUUGUUUUGUGUUUUUGUGCACUCCAGAAGGUAAAUUACCAUUUAUAGUGUUUGUUGGGUUACCGAAAACUAUAAGCUAAGGACAACGAAAUGCACGUCAAAUACUUAUUCAGUGGUCUCUUGUAGCUAUCUGUAGGAGCAGAUUGUUCAGUUCAGUUGAGCUUAAGAGACAAAAUCAACAACAGCAACAAUAUGUCGUGGCAAAGUGUCCCUCAAUAUCCUCAAUAUCAAGAUCCCAAUCAGCAGUACAACUAUGGCGGCGGCUAUCCACCGCAAGGGGGCGGCUACCCGCCGCAAGGUGGCGGUUAUCCACCACAAGGAGGCUAUGGCGGCGGCCCACCGCAAGGCUAUCCGCCCUAUGGCCAGGGCGGCGGUCAAGCCUAUCCACAAGGAGGUUACGGCCAGGAUCCGUAUGGUCAAGGCCCUCCACCCGGUGGCUAUGCACCUCAGCCCGGCUUCGUUCAACCACCUCCAUCGGCUGGCUAUGGGGCAUACGAUGAUCCCGAGCAACCAAAGAACUUUUCAUUCGACGAUCAGAGUAUUCGACGUGGUUUCAUACGCAAAGUUUAUAUUAUUCUAAUGGGUCAACUGGUCGUUACUUUUGGAGCUGUGGCGCUGUUCGUUUUUCACGAAGGAACUAGAAGAUUCGCUGCUAAAAAUUCAUGGCUGUUUUGGGUUGCUCUUGCUGUCUUGCUUGUGACAAUGAUUUGCAUGGCUUGCUGCGAGAGUGUGCGACGCCAAACACCGACGAACUUUAUAUUCUUAGGGUUAUUCACAAUAGCGCAAUCAUUCCUUUUAGGCGUUUCAGCCAGUCGCUAUGCUCCAACAGAGGUACUAAUGGCAGUGGGAAUAACGGCUGCUGUUUGUCUCGCCUUGACGCUCUUUGCAAUGCAAACAAAGGUGGACUUCACCAUGAUGGGCGGCAUAUUGCUGGCUUGCAUGGUCGUCUUUAUGAUCUUUGGAAUCGUUGCCAUCUUCUUCAAGGGCAAAAUCAUAACGCUUGUCUAUGCAUCGUUUGGGGCCUUGCUGUUCUCCGUGUAUCUCAUAUACGAUACGCAGUUGAUGAUGGGCGGCGAUCACAAGUAUUCCAUUAGUCCCGAGGAGUACAUCUUUGCUGCUCUGAAUCUCUACUUGGAUGUGGUCAACAUCUUCAUAUACAUUCUAACAAUUAUUGGGGCUUCGCGGGACUAAACCCGCGCCCAAAGACCCAUAUAUACGUUUAUUUAAUAGCAAAAAUCGAAAUCGAAAAUCAGAAAGAAUCCAGCUUAUUAAUAUUGCUCUUUACUCAAGUUAAACAUGUAUUACUCAUAAUCACUUAAUCUCAAUUACGAGCCGAAGAAAGCGUUUACGGUGUAUUGUGUACUAGCUAGAGAUUCUUUGUUGAUAAUAACAAUUAUCAUUAUUUAGUACA